AUGCACUUCAUAAGUGCAAUUCCAAAGCUGACGGGGCAGAACUAUGUUCUGUGGCGCGAGGAACUUGAUGCAGCUCUAGCACUUGCUGAGAUAGAUUUGGCUCUUCAGGAGCCAAAAGCAAAGUAUGAUCUUGAGAAGUACAAGUGGGAAAAGUCAAACCGCAAGUGCAAGAUUGUCAUCAAGAAAACCAUCACAGAGGGCCUAAGAGGUGCCAUCCCAGAAUAUGAGACAGCAAAAGAAUACCUUGAGAAAGUGAAUAAUCAGUUUACUGGUUCCACCAAAGCUCAUGCUUCCACCCUGAUCCAGAAACUCACUAACAUGAGGUUCACAGAGAGGAGUGUGAGAGAGCACAUUCUGAGCAUGAGCACCAUGGCAGCCAAGUUAGAGAAGCUAAAGAUGCCCCUCGCUGAUGGUUUCAUCAUUCACCUAGCUCUAAACUCACUUCCCAAAGAGUAUGAGACUUUUGUUGUUAACUACAACACACAGCCAGAGGAGUGGGAUUUAGAGAAGGUGAUUGCUAUGUGUGUGCAAGAGGAAGAAAGGCUCAAGAAUGCAAAUGGUGGUUCUGUGAACUUUGUGAAAGGAAAGAACAAGAAGCCAUUCUACAACAAGAAAGCUCCAGAUGCCUCCACCUCCCAAAACAAGGGAGGAAGCUCUUCACAGCCUAAAGCACAGCCAAAGCAAGACAACCAGCACAGGCAGGAGGACCCGGAUCGCUGUAGAUGGUGUAAUGAGACAGGGCAUUGGAAGCAUGAAUGCCCUAAGUUCAUGAAACAUUGCCUAGUGAAAGGGAUUCAGUGGAGGGAGAACCCUUCAAAGAGGAGAAAGAUAGAUUAA